AGAAAAUAAGAAGAAAAUGCCAACAGACAAACGGCUCCGUCACCAAAUUGACGAGACUCUCUCCUUUCAAACUCUUCUUUUCAGUUUCAACUUCUUCGUCUCCCUCCCACACCACACCAACUCUAUAUAUCUUCUUCUUCUUCUUCUAUGCCUCUGGCGUUUUUCUCUCAUGGCGGGUCUAUACUCCUCGAAGCCCACUGUGUCGUCUUCUCCUUCUUCUUCUUCUUCAACAUCAUCAUCAUCUUACUCGCGUCUUUUCUUGCUCGUGACGCUUCUUCCUCUCUCUCUCGCCUGUCUCGCCUUCGUUCUCCAAUGGCGUGGCGGACUCGACGACCCGGUUACGCGUUGGUCAAUAGAUCAUCACGAGUUUCCCGGAAUGGUUACAACCCAAGAGAAACGGUCCUUGCGUCGUUCAGUUUCUGAUUCGGGUUGCGUUGAUCUUCUAGGUCAGAGUCGUGCCCCUUCGUUUCCUUAUUUCCGGAAUUGGAAAUUUGAUUACGACUCGGAUCUGAAACCUAGGAUAUGCAUUACAACAAGCACUUCUGCUGGCUUAGAGCAAACACUGCCAUGGAUUUACUUUCACAAAGUUAUUGGAGUUUCAACAUUUUAUCUAUUUGUUGAGGGGAAGGCUGCAUCUCCAAAUGUGUCUCGAGUUUUGGAGACCAUCCCUGGUGUAAAAGUUAUACACAGGACAAAAGAGUUGGAAGAAAAACAGGCUAAAAGCCGGAUUUGGAAUGAGACUUGGCUGUCGAGCUUCUUCUACAAACCGUGUAACUAUGAAUUAUUCGUGAAACAGUCCUUGAACAUGGAAAUGGCAAUCACCAUGGCUCAGGAUGCUGGUAUGGAAUGGAUAAUUCAUCUUGACACCGAUGAGCUUAUACAUCCUUCUGGAACCCAUGAAUAUUCUUUACGGAAGUUGCUGGGAAAUAUUUCUGCAGACGUGGAUAUAGUUAUCUUUCCAAAUUAUGAGAGCAGCGUUGAGCGAGAUGAUAUCAGGGAACCUUUUAGCGAGGUAUCAAUGUUCAAGAAGAAUUAUGACCAUCUUCUGAGAGAUGUCUACUUUGGAAACUAUAAAGACGCCACUCGUGGAAAUCCAAACUAUUUCCUAACCUAUGGAAAUGGGAAAGCUGCUGCCCGUGUUCAGGACCAUCUUCGUCCCAAUGGUGCUCAUCGAUGGCACAACUACAGAAAGAGUCCAAAUGAGGUCAAACUAGAAGAAGCUGCCGUGCUGCACUACACUUAUCCCAGAUUUUCAGAUCUUACUUCAAGACGUGAUCGUUGUGGCUGUAAGCCCACUAAAGUGGAUGUCAAGAGAUGUUUCAUGCUGGAGUUUGACAGAGCUGCAUUUAUUAUUGCUUCAACCGCGAGUUCAGAGGAAAUGCUUCAAUGGUACAGAGAGCAUGUUGUGUGGACUGAUGAAAAAUUGAAGUUGAAACUCCUUAGGAAGGGAAUUCUGACCCGCAUUUAUGCUCCCAUGGUUAUAAUCCAAGAGCUAAGAGAAGCGGGUGUUUUUAGCUCUGUGGUAAUCGCAGCUCACAUGUCUCUCUCGAACAACCCUUCAACUGCUGAUUCAACAUCAGGCAUUACCCGAGAAUCAUCUGAGGCAACUGGUAGGAGGAGGGUGUUGGAGUUCCAUCUUGAUUUUUGACGAUGAAUCUCAAGCAUCAGCAGUACCACCUCAAUCGCCUCCAGACUUGGAAGCAACCCAGAUGGAACAUUAAUCUGAAAUCUGAAAAGUGUUUACAAAGAUUGGGAUUUUUAGAAUGAUUAAUGAACAGUUUUUGAACCUGAGCUCUGGUGUACAUUUAGGAAAGAUUUCGUUUAGGUUAUACACACAGAUGAUUCUACAGAUGAAGAGGAAUAUCAUAUAGCAGGCUAGUAUCAUAUGUACCAUGCAAAAUACUUGAUCAUGUUGAUGAUUCUAUAACUUCAAAUACAAUUUCAUUGCCUUCCUGAUCUGACUAC